GUUGUCAAUGUCAAAUGCCAGAUUCAGUUUAAUGUUGUGACUUGUGACUCAUAUUUAAUUUUAUAAAUUUUAUAAUAUAAUUUAGAAAUUUAUUAAUAAUGGAGUGGUUAUUUGGCAAAAAAGUUACCCCCGAGGAAAUGCUUCGGAAAAAUCAGAGAGCUUUAAAUAAAGCAAUGCGAGACUUAGACAGGGAAAAACAAAAAAUGGAACAACAAGAGAAAAAAGUUAUUAAUGAUAUCAAAAAAUUAGCAAAAGAAGGACAAAUGGAUGCUGUAAAAAUAAUGGCCAAAGACUUGGUUAGAACUAGAAGAUACGUAAAGAAAUUUAUGUUGAUGAAAGCUAACAUCCAAGCAGUUUCAUUGAAAAUCCAAACACUUAGGUCUCAAAAUACCAUGGCACAAGCCAUGAAAGGCGUUACUAAAGCCAUGCAAAGUAUGAAUAGGCAACUCAAUUUACCUCAAAUACAAAGAAUACUUCAAGAAUUUGAAAAACAAUCUGAAAUUAUGGAUAUGAAGGAAGAAGUAAUGAAUGAUGCCAUUGAUGAUGCAAUGGAAGGAGAUGAUGAUGAAGAGGAAAGUGAUGCAAUUGUGAACCAAGUUUUAGACGAACUGGGUCUCCAAUUGGGCGACACCCUUUCAGGUUUACCUCAAACGGCCGGCAACUUACCCGCAAGCGGUCAUAAGCAACCGGCCGCUGCUGCAGCCGUAGCCGGUGGUAGCAAUAACAACGGAGGUGGUGCCAGUGGAGGUGGCGGAGCUGCGGGUGGCGGCGGAGGUGGAUCUUCUGCAGGUCUUUCCGAUGCCGACGCCGAUUUACAAGCCAGGCUGGAUAAUUUACGUAGAGAGUAAUUUUAUAUUUAUGGAAAGGUUUAUUUUAUUUUAUAGGAUGCAAGAAAAUAAGGUCAACGAAUAUAGAAUGUGGGUUCUUAAUUUUUUUUUAUAUUGAACAAAGGAAUUAAAUGCAUUUUUUCCCUAUACUUCUUUCAAACUGUCAAUAUUUGAUAGGCUUUUGACGCGUCCUGUGUCAAUUAAUUUUGUGUUUAUGCUUUAUAUUUGUGAUAUUUUCACUCAAAAAAAAAAUAUAUAUUAAUCUUGUAUCUGAAUACUCUUAUUACAAAUACUGGGUGACCAAAGUUUUAUAACGUCCAUAUGGAAAGUAAAAUAACAUUACUUUUCUCCAAGCUCAUUUAGUUAGUUCCUGUGAUUCCCAAAUUAGACAAUCAUUUACCUAUAUAUUGUCUUAUGUUAUUCUGCUUGCAAGUCUUAUAAUUAAACCAAUGAUGAACAACAACUAGACCAACUUUGUUUACAAAAAGAGAUUUGUAGAAGUUCAUGUGGUUAUAAUUCGGAAUUUAUCCAACAAAAGGGCUCUAAAACGCACAGAAGACUUUCGAAAUUGAUUUAAAAAAGUAUAUUUGUAUUCUUAAUGUCAGUUAUCAAUUUAAUGUCUUUCUGUUGCAACUUUUGUAGUUGUUUAGUUUUUAUACUCUUUGUUUUUUAUCCAUUUAAUUGUUCCUGGUUACGCCACUGCUUUCCUUUCAUAAACCAAUAGAAGUGAUUUUAAAAAAUAACAUUCAUAUUUGUUUUUGUGACUUCAGAUCAUCAGCGUUCUUUGUAAAAUUAAAAAAAUACAGUUUUCUUUUAAACCUAACAGUAGUUAAAGAUGUUUUUCAGGAAGUAUGCAAUUUAUUUGACAAUGUGGCAAAAAUGUAAAGCAGUAGUAGUACAUGAAAUAAUUGGUCUAUCAUCGUUAGUUUAAAUCGGAUCUUUCGAAUAGGAUUUUAUUAGAAUUAAUAAUUAAUAAUUUUCAAUGAUUGAUUUGCAUCUGUUGUGGCUCACCCGGUAUAUAAGUUGCCUUAUUUUUUUAGUAUUAAUUGUAAGAAUAACAAUUCUGCUUGAAAAAAAAAUAUAUAAAUAUUAAUAAAUAAAGUUAUUGUUAUACUACAUGUAGUUGUUUAGGUAGUUUUGUAAAAUUUGUAUAUUUUUUUAAAUUUUUAAUAUUUUAUCAAGAACACAAACACGAUGGCGAUUUAGUUUCUUGUUUUAUUUCGAAAUGGAUAUUAAAUCAUUAUUUUGAGUAAUACCAAAAAAAAAACGUAUAUAUACAGAGUGGUCUAAAAUAAUUGAAUGAUUUCCAUACUUUUUCGCCACUCUAUAUAUAAGUUGUAUAAUUUUUAUUAUGUCGAAUUAAAACCUUUUAAAUAAAAUAUAUGCAGGAUGGCCAAACGAAAACAUACCAGAAUCGUCAGAAACUGUGUCAACAUUUUAGAUAGGCUAAAUUUUUGAUAAUGUCAACUGUCAUACAUCAGUAAUGAUUGCAUUAAUUUUGAUUUUAUCGCCCUCCAGUGGGUUGAAAACUGUUAAGUGUGACACUUCAUUUGAAAUCGAAUUCUAUUAAUAAUUUAAUGCACAGUUUAACAAAAGUUAUUUAAAUAAAAAAAUAUAUUAUCUAAAUUGUAGGAAAUUUUCUUUAGUUUCAUUUUGUAUAUAAUUUUAGGCGCCAUUUUUCCAAUAUGGCGGCGCAAGCGGCAAAUAUGCCAUGUGGCAAAGUUGAAAUUCUGAAAGAGCACAUAAUUCUGUAAUUAUUGAGCAUUCCAACAAAUGAAUUUUAUAAUUUUACGGACACAUAUGUAAACAAAAUGAAGAAUAAUUCAACCAGUUUAUACAGAACUACUGAAUCUGUUCACAAAUUAGAUUCAGACUCAAGCUGAAUAUUUUUUUUAAUUUAUUGAUGUUAUUUAAAUUUUUAGUUUCUAAAUUCUUUAAAAAAUGUUUAUUUUUAGUUUUUUACGCAAUACAACACAUACGUUAGUGUAUGUUUAAUUGCAUAUUUCAUCAAUCAUUAUGUAGCGACUUUAGGCGAACAAAAAUAGCGACAAUGACAGAUGUCGGUGCGGCAACACUGGUCGUAUUUGUUACUUUCUUUAUUUAAAUUAUAUUUGUUAGAUUAACAAAGGGGAUGUGAAUUGUAUAUAGCUAGGCUAUUGAUUAUGUCAAAUAGAAAGUGACAAUCACCUUCAUGGGUUUUUAUCCCAUGAAUCGUUCAAAUGGUCAUUAAAAAUGAAAAAAGUGCUAUUGAAUUUAAUAAAUAAAAUAACUAUAGGGUUAUAAUUUUCUUCUAGUUUCCAAAUUUUCGUCGCCUCUUACCGAAAGUUUAGUAAUUUUCUUCUAUAUUAAUUGAGCUGUCAUUGACUUCAUACAAUAAGAAGUCAAAAAAAAUAUUGGCCAAAUUUCUUAACGAAAGAGGCUAGUAAAUUUUACAAUUGCGUAGAAGAAGAAUAAAUGACAUUGACAUUUUAUUAAUUUAUUUUGAAUUUAAAAUUUUCUGUAAAUAUACUACGUCUGAUGCAAGUAUUUCCUGAAUAUAUCUUCAAAUUAUUGCAAUCGACUUUAGAUGGAGCUUCUGAUUUGAUUUUAAAGUAAAAGUUUUUUUUUCACUUGUCAUUAUCUCUUUUAUAAUAAUUUCAGAAGAAUAUUAAGCAAUAAUCGAGUGCCUGUACGAGAAUUAUUGUUUCAACUUGAAAAACAUCCUACAGGUAACUUCAAUCUUCUCUCCAAAUUUAUAUGUACGGUAAUGUCGAUAAUAAGGUACCUGUUUAUGUAAAAAUGAGCGUCAUAAUUUCUUUUUAAAUGAAAAUUGAAUGUCCUUAGAGAUAAU